CUGGUCACUUCUCAAGGAGGGUUCUUAGGAACGCUUCAGUUCGAAAAACCAAUCCAGAGGAGAAACUGGAAGUGCAGCCGUGAGGUUAAUUUGGGAUUAGUAUAUCGCGAGCUGCUGGAGGCCAGCAUAAGAAUAACAAUAAGGAGGGAAAGCGAUGGAGAUACUGUACUGGAGGGACCCGCGGAAGACGGGCGUGCUGGCUGGGAGUGUGCUGCUGCUGCUCGUCUCUCUGUCUCGCUUCAGCGUGCUGAGUGUGACGGCCCACGUGGCGCUGGCCGUCCUCUCGGUCACCAUCAGCGUCAGAGCCUACAGGUCCCUCCUGCAGGCUCUCCAGAAGAAAGAUGAAGGUCACCCCUUCAAGUCGUAUCUGGAGUUUGAGGUCGCUCUGACUCCAGAACAGAUGAGCUCUUAUAUUGAAAAGCUGCAGCUCUACCUGAACAUCAGUCUUGUGGAACUGCGUAGACUGUUCCUGGUGCAGGACCUACUGGACUCCAUAAAGUUUGCAGUGCUGAUGUGGUUGCUGACAUACCUUGGGGCUGUGUUUAAUGGCCUGACUCUUCUGAUUCUCGCUGUGGUGACCAUGUUCACACUACCUGUCGUUUAUGAGAAAUACCAGACUCAGAUUGACCAUUGUUUGGGAAUGGUGAAGACUAACGUACAACUAAUCUUGGCAAAGAUCAAAUCAAAGGUUCCUGGAGCCAGGACGAAGAACGAGUGAUGCUGCCUGGCCUUAGAACAGCUCAAUCCCAGCAUUCCUUCAUGAAUGUCUGAGAUGUCGUAGAUUUCACUCUCCUCUCAGACAUGUCUUUUUUUUAAGAAACACUUGAGAAGAAGUGGAAAUACUGUCGACUGUAUGCACCUGAAUAAAUUAUGUGGUAUGCUUUCAA